UGGCUGCGGGCAGCGGUGGCGGCUGCGGCUGCGGGGUCCGGGUCGCAACCAGGGCCAGGUCGCAGCGAGUUCGGAGGCGGAACACCUGAGGGCGGCGUCCCCACGCGAGGUGACCCCGUCGGAGGGAGCGUACCCCAACCCGCGCCUCCGCGUCCCAGCAGGGCUCCAGCCCUCCCCUCCCAGGAGGCUCCCUGCCAAGAUGGCGUCAGCUGGAGAUCCCCCGACGGGCCAGCGGGAUGCAGCGGACCAGAACUUCGACUACAUGUUCAAGCUGCUGCUCAUCGGCAACAGCAGCGUGGGCAAGACGUCCUUUCUGUUCCGAUACGCCGACGACUCCUUCACGCCCGCCUUUGUCAGCACUGUGGGCAUCGACUUCAAGGUCAAGACCGUCUACCGCCACGACAAGAGGAUCAAGCUGCAGAUCUGGGACACGGCAGGCCAGGAGCGCUACCGUACAAUCACCACAGCCUACUACCGCGGAGCCAUGGGCUUCCUCCUCAUGUAUGACGUCACCAACCAGGAGUCCUUUGCCGCCGUGCAGGACUGGGCCACGCAGAUCAAGACCUACUCCUGGGACAAUGCUCAGGUCAUCCUCGUGGGGAACAAGUGUGACCUGGAGGACGAGCGUGUCGUGCCCACUGAGGAAGGCCAGAGGCUCGCUGACGACCUUGGUUUCAAGUUCUUUGAGGCCAGCGCCAAGGAGAACAUCAACGUGAAGCAGGUCUUCGAGCGCCUGGUGGACGUCAUCUGCGAGAAGAUGAAUGAGUCCCUGGAACCCAGCUCCAGCCCGGGCAGCAAUGGGAAAGGCCCGGCCUUGGGGGACACCCCACUCCCGCAUAGCAGCAGCUGCCCCUGCUAGAGAUGAUCCCCCACCCCCGCCCACCCCCUCCUGCCUUGGCAGGGACAGUGACUGAGGCAUGAGCCACAAGGGCUGUUUCCAAGCUCAGGGCGCCCCCCUCCCCUCCCAUCAGCCGCAUCCCCCCCGCACCACCCCCCCGCCAACUCCCGCAUGGCGCAUUCUCUGGCCAUGGCCACCAGCCUGCCCAAGCAGCCCCUUUCACAGGCUCCAGACCCUGGGGACUCCGCACUGCAGGCAGAGUCUGGGGAUAGGGGCGUGCACGAUCUUGCUGCCUUCAGGCGCUUUCAUGGGGGUAGUGCGGGCAGCGUGUCCCACCCCGCCUGGUGCAGGGGCAUCCACAGUGCCUUCUGGGUUAGAACCACUUAUCCACAUCCGUUUCUUUGUCGGGCAUUGUUUGGAGUUCACGUGCUGGCCAAAGAUGGUUCUUCUCCCUCGUGCAGUGGGGAUUCUCAGACUUCAUCCCUGGAGAUGUGGAAGGCGGCUCCUUUCUCAGGGUCACCCAGUCUGCUUGUGAACCUUCUCAGACCUGGAGGCUCCAAGGCAGGGUGGUGAUUUAGUCCUCCCAGAACCCUCCUUUCAGGCCUGCAGAUCCUCUGCCUGUGAAAGCAGUAUUAAAGCAGCUUUUCCCGUUGUAAAGGAAGAGGGAGUCAGACCCCCCCACACCCCCCAUUCCCCAGCCUGGCUUCAGGGACCCCAGAAGUGCCUUCUGAGCUUCCCCAGAAUUCCACAUCACCCACGACCCUGCCACUGUUUCAGCUUAUCCACUACAUUCCUGAUCCAGAAUUGAAUUCUGGAACUAUGGGCCGCGUGAGGCCGGGCAGAGAAUCACCCAACCCUUGGCGUUCCUGCUGGAGACUUUUUACCAGAAGUUAACUCAGAGUCAGGAGCCUGGGCUCUCCUGCCCAGACCUGCCUCCUCCGGGCCCUGUUUGGCUGGUAAUGUUUUAAGCAAGGUUCUUUCCACAUCCGACAUCCUGCUAGAAAAGGAAAUUGAGCAAUGUUCCUGUUUUCCUGUGCUGGCUGGUUGCUCCGCAUGUAAGGACUUUGGCUCCUUCCACUUGAAAAACCUUGAAGACGUAGUGUUGGCUUCCUGAGCCAUAUCAUCGCUAGGGUCCAGUGACGUUCUCUGCUAAUAGAAGAGUCACUCGAAAGAAUGCUUUGGGGUUGGGCUGGAGGGGCGAGAAGGCAGGGUUGGGUAACUGCUGUGGCCGCUUGCAUUUCACAGGUGCAGCUUGGGAGUGGCAGGCUGAUGGGGGAUGGGCGCGGAACCAGUCUCCCUGGUUGAGGCACUAGUGGGGAGCCCACCAGGUUGGGGUCCCCAGCUCCCAGGGGCUCCUGCUGAGAGAUGAUGUGCAGUUUGGGGAUCUACAUCUUGACACCGCCCCCCACCCAGCCCCAUCCUCAGCUCAGUGGCCCUUCCUGCCCACCAGAGUCCAAACCUGGUGACAUGACACCUCCUUCUACCCUGGAACACUGACACCCCAGAAUUUGACAGACACUGUGAGAAAGGCCAGGCAUAUCGUUUGUCCAGUCUCCCAGCCCCUGGCGCCAAAAUGACUUCCUGUAGUCUUAAGGAUCUCUGCUGCUUCCUUCCAAGAGUGGGGAAGGUCUGGUUCAAGUUUAAUGUAGUUCUUACUUUUAUAGAAGCUGGAGAUUGAAUUUAUUUCUAGAGGGCCCUGUUCACCCCAAACCAUGGGCUGUCCUUAGAGCUUCAAAGUGUGGAUAUCUUUGUAUACCAACAACUGGACUGUGAUGAAAAAGACAUGUUCUUGGAAAUGCACCACGAGAGAGUAUCUGAAGGUUUGGGGAGGGAGUCAAAAAUGUUAAUUGCUUUAACGUAAAAGAGAAAUUAAAGCAGCUAGAAAAAG